GCAGUGAUGUGAUGAUGGUGAAAUGGAAGAAGUUGGCGUUUGGGAAAAAAGGUCGCUUUCGAGGUCGAGCAGAGAAAAAAGGGAGGCCUUUGCGAGGCGAGGAGAGCGAGACCCCUGUGAUCCCAAUUAACCACCCGCCACCGCCACGCCGCCGGCGACCCCCUCCUCGGCGAGAUCGAGAUCGAGAUGCCGCCCACGCCGCCGCCUGAGCUGGACCUCCUCGACACCGAGCCGGAGUUCGCCGAGGUUGACCCCACCGCCCGCUACGGAAGGUACACGGAGGUCCUCGGCAAGGGCGCCUUCAAGACGGUCUAUAAGGCUUUUGAUCAACUGGAAGGUCUGGAAGUUGCUUGGAACCAGAUCAAAGUGGGUGAUAUACUUCGGAAUAAUGAUGACUUGGAGAGACUUAGAUCAGAAGUCCGGUUGCUGAAGACCCUCAAGCAUAAGAAUAUAAUCAAGUUCUACAAUUCUUGGCUCGACAAGAAAAACAACAACAUAAAUUUCAUCACAGAAGUCUUCACAUCAGGGACACUGCGCCAGUACCGUAUUAAGCACAAGAAGGUAGAUGUUAGAGCAUUAAAGAAAUGGUCAAGGCAAAUCUUGAGUGGCCUUGUCUACCUCCACAGUCAUGAUCCACCAGUAAUUCAUAGAGAUCUUAAAUGUGACAACAUAUUUGUGAACGGAAACCAGGGUGAAGUAAAGAUUGGAGACCUUGGAUUAGCAACCAUCCUAGAUAAUGCACGCUCAGCUCACAGUAUCAUUGGCACACCGGAAUUUAUGGCUCCAGAACUCUAUGAUGAAGAAUACAAUGAGCUUGUAGACAUCUAUGCAUUUGGGAUGUGUUUAUUGGAGCUUGUUACAUUUGAGUACCCAUAUUGUGAAUGUUCCAAUGCAGCGCAGAUAUACAAGAAAGUAUCUGAUGGUGAAAAGCCUAGUUCUCUGGCUAAGAUUGAAGAUCCUGAGGUUAGAUUUUUUAUCGAGAAGUGCAUCGCUAAAGCUUCACAAAGACUAUCAGCACAAGAGCUAUUGAUGGACCCAUUUCUCCGAGAUGAUGGUGAAAAAAUAUUCUAUCCAUUGCAGUCAAAUACGAAGGCAUCAGAUGGUGCUGGCAGUUCAAACUCAAGCAUGGGUUACAAAUAUGACAGAGAUGCAUCAUCUAUGGCAAUUCGGGAGCACACAGGUAGUUUUGCAGAAGAACACCCAAGUGAUAGGUACAUACACAGCACCAUGGAUCCACAAGCAGCCGCUGGUCGAAUAAUUACAGUCGAGAGUCAGAUGAAAGAUCUGAAUACGAUAUUUUUGAAACUGAGAAUUGCUGAUUCAACAGGUCAUGCUCAAAACAUCCAUUUCCCAUUUGACAUUGAAGCAGACACUUCCAUUAGUGUUGCAACUGAGAUGGUCGUGCAGCUAGAUCUCACUGACCAGGAUGUUACAGCGAUUGCAGAAAUGAUAGAUGCAGAAAUACGGGCUCAUAUUCCUGAUUGGGCAUUAGAAGAAUCGGUUGAAAACCAAGGAGAUGAAAGAGCUCAUUCUGAGACCGACAGUUCAGAAGCAGAUGAUGAAACUUCUGAGUUGCGUAAUGAGCCUAAUGCUACACAUAAUGGUUUUGUCCAAGAACACCUUCCCUCCGGACAUAAGUAUUGGUCGGACUCGCCCAGAAGAAACAUUGAAAUGUCUCACUCCGCAGUCGAACCACAUAUUGGUGGUAAUAUGCCUAAUGGGAUAUUGAAGAAGAAUGACACUGAUGACACAGUCAGCAAUCUUGGCACUUCUGUGGACUUGCCAAACCCAUCUAUGAUUGACAGGAAAUCUGGAGUAGCUUCUGUCAGCACCAGUCCUCAGUCUUUUGAUGAUGAGCAUAUUGAAGCAGAUGUUAGCGAGAGGUUAGUGAAUUUGCUAGCUCAGCAGCAAGAGGAGCUCAACGUGCUGCGAAGGAAGCACAAGGCUGACAUAGAAGUCAUCUUGAAAGGUGUGCCUGAAGAGCAUCGCGAAGAAACCUUAACUAGGUGCCGGCUGAAGGCAGAUGAGAGAAACAGAUCAGACAAACCUUAGCUGCAACACAUUAUCUUCACCGUGUGAUUUUUUUGUACCGGUGCCAUGGAGCUGUUUAGAACUAUUGUUGUGCAAAAGGUGGUCUCAGCUGUUCACUGUUCUUUUUUUUUUCAUGGAAUGGAGGAGCUGCAAGUGUUUGUGGAAUCUGUGACCAAGCGGUGCAAUACAUAUACGAUACUGAUGUAGCUGUCUGGAUUUUUGUUUUUGUUUUUUGUUUCUUGAAGGCAAGACAAAAGGUUUCUGCUCACCAAACAAAAUCUGCAGAUACCAUUGUGUUACUGUAUUCCUGAAUUGUUCAUGAGAAGUGCACCUCCUUGUUUUUCUCCCUCUCUUUUUUUCCUUGUAAUUUGAUGAUUUUUGGAACUAAGAAUUAAUGUUAAUGAUGUAAUACAUCAGUGUUUGAGCUGUUUCAUACUACUACUUGCAAUGAAAAAACAUAAGUUCCAAUUA